AUGGAGGCGGGGGUGGGAGGAUUGGUUCGAGGCUCUGAUGGAGGACUUCUGCGUGCCUUCUGUGCUCUGAUAGCCGCAUCAUCGAGCUUUGAGGCGGAACUGUUGGCUGGGUUCGAGAUGACUAUGGAGCUUUCGACACAUAUCUGGAUUGAGCUUGAUUCAGCGGCUCUGGUUAACUUGUUGUCAUCUGGACAGCUUGGCGCUGCGGAGUUCAGACAUCACAUGGCUUUGAUCCGGAGUAUGACUUCUCAGCGGCAUGUUCGGUUCUCACACAUCUACAGAGAAGGGAACCGAGCUGCUGAUUUUCUUGCAGGUAGGGGGUUCAAACUCCUGCCCUUACUUACUAUGAUCCAAUCUUUGCGCCUCGGUAUCUGA